AGAAAAACAAAAUAGGCAACAUUUUCAGUACAAAAAGAAGUGGAAAAAAGUUUCCAUCUACAAACAAAAAUGCCCAACAACUCACGAGUGCAAUAUUUUCCGGGCGGCCUGAACAUCCGCACCUGCGAGCGGUAUCCGCAUCAGAGGCAAACGGAGUUCUACCGCACACCCGAACCGCGCCCCUCGGCCCAGGGCCAGAAGGCGGAACAUGACGCAGAACGAUUGAAUCGUCCACCCGGUCCUGAGGCACCCGUACGGGGUCCCCGCAUCCAGCCAGCGCGAACCUCGGAAACACGAGCAUUUCGCAAUGCCUACUUUUCCUAGUGCGGCGAAUUGGCACAUCCACCUGAUGCUUGAAGAAAUGCUUAUCCUUUUUGUAACAUUCUUUGGAAAUGAAGCUUAAGAACGGA